UGGGAGAGGAAACAGCUGGUGAUGCUGGAAGAAACAUGGCCGUCCCGGUACUCCUCGGCCGCUCGGGCUCCUUCUGCCUGCGGCUGCUACCACUGCUGGCGUUGUUGGAGCUGCUGGUCGACCCCGGCUUAGGCCGUGUCCAUCACCUGGCGCUCAAAGAUGAUGUAAGACAUAAAGUCCAUCUCAACACCUUCGGGUUCUUCAAGGACGGUUACAUGGUGGUCAACGUCAGCAGCCUCUCUGUGAACGAGCCUGAGGGAGCCACAGACAAGGAUGGUGAGAUCGGAUUCAGUCUUGAUCGGACCAAGAAUGAUGGCUUUUCUUCUUACCUGGAUGAAGAUGUGAAUUACUGUAUUUUAAAAAAGCAGUCUAUGUCUUCUGUCACUCUUCUCAUCUUAGACAUCUCCAGAAGUGUAGUCAAGGUCAGAUCCCCACCAGAAGCUGGUAAGCAGUUACCAGAGAUUGUCUUCAGGAAGGAUGAGAAAGUCCUGAGUCGGAGCCAGGAGCCUGCUGUCAGCUCCAACCCCAAAGCCCAUGAGGCUCAGAGAACCCUCGAUGGUUUGAAGGCUGAACGAAGUACAGUGGACUCAAAGGCUAUAGCAGAAAAAUUCUUCUCAGUUCAUAAGAGUGACGGGGCUGUCUCAUUUCAGUUCUUCUUCAACAUCAGCACCGAUGACCAGGAAGGCCUCUACAGCCUUUACUUCCACAAGUGUCCAGGCAACAACGUGAAGUCUGAACAGGUCUCAUUCAGCCUAAAUAUUGAUAUCACGGAGAAGAACCCUGACAGCUACCUCUCGGCUGGAGAGAUCCCUCUCCCCAAGUUAUAUGUUUCCAUGGCCUUGUUCUUCUUUCUGUCAGGGACCAUCUGGAUUCACAUCCUUCGUAAACGAAGGAAUGAUGUAUUUAAAAUUCACUGGUUGAUGGCGGCCCUUCCUUUCACCAAGUCUCUCUCCUUGGUGUUCCAUGCAAUUGACUACCACUACAUCUCCUCGCAGGGCUUUCCGAUUGAAGGCUGGGCUGUUGUAUACUACAUAACUCACCUGCUAAAGGGUGCACUGCUGUUCAUCACCAUCGCUCUCAUCGGCACUGGCUGGGCCUUCAUCAAACACAUCCUGUCUGAUAAAGACAAGAAGAUCUUCAUGAUUGUCAUCCCGCUCCAGGUCCUGUCGAAUGUGGCCUACAUCAUCAUAGAGUCUACAGAGGAAGGCACGACUGAGUAUGGCCUGUGGAAGGAUUCUCUGUUCCUGGUUGAUUUGCUGUGCUGCGGUGCCAUCCUCUUCCCAGUGGUGUGGUCAAUCAGGCAUUUACAAGAAGCCUCAGCCACAGAUGGAAAAGCUGCCAUUAACUUAGCAAAGCUGAAGCUUUUCAGACAUUACUACGUCUUGAUCGUGUGCUACAUCUACUUCACCAGGAUCAUCGCCUUCCUCCUCAAGUUUGCUGUGCCGUUCCAGUGGAAGUGGCUCUACCAGCUGCUGGACGAAACAGCCACGCUGGUGUUCUUUGUCCUGACGGGGUAUAAAUUUCGCCCAGCUUCAGAUAACCCCUACCUGCAGCUCUCUCAAGAAGAAGAUGACCUGGAGAUGGAGUCCGUAGUGACGACGUCAGGUGUGAUGGAGAAUAUGAAGAAGGUGAAGAAAGUGAGCAACGGUGCUGUGGAGCCCCAGGGCAGCUGGGAAGGCACUGCAUGACAGCAUGGGCUGAGGACGGCUGUCAGUGAAACUGGCUUCUUCAUAGCCCUGUCAGUGAGCCAGCGUGUUCCCGACAGAACAAUGGCGUCUCCCAACAGUGACACCCCGGCCCUCAGCGCUCAUAGCCAAGCCGAGUGCCAUGGACACACACUUUUGUACUCUUAGGGAUCUGGAUUGCGAUGGCUAUAGGCAGCUAGGACUGCCCUCAGUGAGGGUGGAAGGCUUAGAGGAGGAGUAAAGGACUGUCUACCUGAUUUACCUUGCUAA